AUGACAUAUGAUUUACACACAGCAGAACUACCAGCUUAUACGCCUUUCUUUGGAUACAUGGGAGCCGCUUGUGCACAGAUCUUCACCGUUCUGGGCGCCGCCUAUGGAACAGCAAAGUCAGCUGUCGGAAUAUGUUCAAUGGGAGUGAUGCGGCCCGAACUGAUAAUGAAAUCUGUAAUUCCAGUCAUCAUGGCUGGUAUUAUCGCUAUUUAUGGACUUGUUGUGGCAAUUGUUCUGAAAGGCAAAGUUAAUUCGGCCAGCAACGGUUACACCCUCGGGCAUGCAUUUGCGCAUUUUGCUGCGGGUCUCACUUGUGGCUUAUGUGGUCUGGGAGCCGGAUACGCUAUUGGAAUCGUUGGAGAUGCUGGAGUGCGAGGUACAGCUCAACAGCCUCGUCUAUUCGUGGGAAUGGUUCUCAUCUUGAUUUUUUCUGAGGUGCUCGGUCUAUACGGGAUGAUCGUCGCUCUCAUAAUCGGAGCUGCUUGA